CCUGGCCUGCCUGGCCCCCCUGGCCACAGCUUCCAGCCCCCUAUCGGCAUCAAGCAGGAGCCCCGGGACUACUGCAUCGACUCAGAAGUGCCUAACUGCCAGUCCUCGUACCUGCGGGGGGGCGUCUUCCCCAGCAGCCAUGAUGGAUUUUCAUAUGAAAAGGACACACGACUGUAUUUUGAUGACACGUGCGUGGUACCAGAGAGGCUGGAGGGUAAAGUGAAGCAGGAGCCCACCCUGUACCGUGAGGGCCCUCCCUACCAGCGGCGUGGAUCCCUGCAGCUCUGGCAGUUUCUGGUCACUCUCCUGGAUGACCCCGCCAAUGCCCACUUCAUUGCCUGGACCGGCCGGGGCAUGGAGUUCAAGCUGAUCGAACCUGAGGAGGUAGCACGGCGCUGGGGCAUCCAGAAGAACCGGCCAGCCAUGAACUACGACAAGCUCAGCCGCUCCCUGCGCUACUACUAUGAGAAGGGCAUCAUGCAGAAGGUGGCUGGUGAGAGGUAUGUCUAUAAGUUCGUCUGCGACCCCGAUGCCCUCUUUUCCAUGGCCUACCCUGACAACCAGCGGCCCUUCCUGAAGAUGGAGCCUGACUGCCCAGUGCCCGAGGAGGAGACAGUGCCGCUGACGCACUUCGAGGACAGCCCAGCAUACCUCCUGGAAAUGGAUCCCUGCAGCAGCCUUCCUUACGCGGAGGGCUUUGCUUACUGACUCAGCCAGCCUGCAGAACCACAAGCACUAGCACAUCCACUUGGGGCAAAUACGGUUUUCUAAAGAAUAUUUUUU